GAGCCAUUGAGUGCCUUCGAUGCGACGUUUGGUGGGCCAACGAUGAUUCGAAAUUAAAGCUACUGGAUAAAGAUCAUCCAAUGCUUCAUUCCUUCCACAUGACUCUUCUCUUUAUAUCGGUUAGUUUUUUUUUGUUUUUUUAAUUUCUCUCACUUUUUAUCAGUUCCAAUGCUCUUUUUUCCCCUUCUCUUUGCGUGUUCUUUCGUUUUCGGUUCAUCAUUGCCGAAAAAUGCAGCUCUCUCGCUCUCUCUAUUUAAGUUUUUGGAUCGAUUUCGUCUCCGAAGAAUGUUCUGAUUCCGUUCUCUUCAAUCGCUCUCCAGAAUCGCUUCUCUCAUAUAAUCGCAGAAAUUGAAGAUUGGAUGGGAGAUGUACACACUCAGAAUGAACUAUAUGAGAUUGCUUCCGCGGCACAUGGUGAUGCUCUUCAAAUCUUCAGUAUUGUAUCACCAUUGGAUGAGAUUUGUACUCAUCUCUUGGCAUUGGCUAGUUACAUAACUCGUCGAUUUGUUGGAUUUAUCGAGGAUAUUGUAGCUCGAGAUGUCGACAGAUUUCUCACCGACCAUAUCAUCAUUCCGCUAGAAGUUUGUUUGAAUCCUUCUGGUCAGAACAGGCAGAGAUCUGUUUCGGAAGGUUCAUCAUCCUUCAUACCUUGCAUUGCCGGUGCCUCGGAUUCAAGGAACGGUUUGCUCGUAGAUAGAACAUCAGAUGUAGAAAGUAUUUAUAGUUACGAGGUUGCUUCUCCCAUUUUUCAAGGGUUGAUGCUCCCAUUAUACGGUUUACAGUUUGUUCAAAAAUUAGCAUUAUGCUUCUUGAGAGAUUGUUUCUCGUGCAUUCAAUGGGUCGAACUUCGCCUUUCAAAUAUAAUAUUUAGAAUUCAAAAAACCUUGAUCGGUUCAUCGGAAGAUAUUGGAUGGCUGCAAAACACUCCUGGUAUGCCUCCUGUUGUUGAUGGAACAGAAAGAUUCUUGGAAUUGCUCUCUGAGAUAAGGAACGGAGAACACAAACUACCCAACUCGUUUGUUUAUUUAUUAAUUCCAGGUCUAUUUAGCAAUCAUGGUCCCUUGUAUUUUGUGGGAACCAAGCGAUUUUUUUCAAAGAUGGGCCUUACUUGCCAUAUUGCUAAAAUUCAUAGUGAGGCGUCUGUGGAACACAAUGCCUGGGAGCUAAAAGAAUACGUCGAGGAGCUUUACUGGGGCUCGGGCAAGCGAGUGAUGCUGCUUGGGCAUAGCAAGGGUGGGGUUGAUGCUGCUGCUGCAUUAUCAAUCUACUGCAAUGACUUGAAAGAUAAAGUUGCUGGCUUGGCUCUGGUACAAAGUCCAUAUGGUGGAACCCCAUUGGCUUCGGAUUUCCUUCGCGACGGGCAGGUUGCUGACAAAGAGACGCGGAGGAUCAUGGAGCUCUUAAUAUGCAAGAUCAUCAAGGUUGUAUUUUCUUUUGCCUUUUCAAUUGCUUCAUUGUCAGGGAUAGUUGUCGGUCUGAUGAGGCGAGGAAAAGGAGAAAAAACAGGCGACAUUCGAGCAUUGGAGGAUCUAACGUACGAGAAGCGGAAGGAAUUCAUCUCAAAUCACGACCUCCCGGAGAACAUACCAAUACUCUCCUUCCACUCUGAAGCACAUGUUGCACCAGGAGUUCUUGCUACAAUGACUCAGAUAGCUCAUGCUGAGCUACCUUGGCUACCUCUUCCAAGUUCUUGGACAGAAUCCGACACGGUGGUGCAGGGCGGGCGGCGUGUUCCAAUAGUGAUUCCCCUUUCUGCUGUCAUGGCAUUGUGUGCUCUUCAUUUGCAGCUUCGGUAUGGAGAGAAGAGCGACGGUUUGGUGACAUGUCGUGAUGCUGAAGUUCCUGGCUCGGUCAUUGUGAGACCGAGCCAGAAGCUCGAUCACGCUUGGAUGGUUUACUCUUCCAGGACUAAGAAUGUAGGUGAUCCCGAUGCUUGUGAGAUGUGUGAGGCAAUCUUGACACUGCUUGUAGAGCUUGGGAUGAGAACGAAACAAGUCAAAUAGAGAUGGUGGCUUUCAUGUAAUUCUUCCCCAAACCAGACCCAAAUUCGUCCAUCGGAAAUUCCAGUGAAAAUUUCCCGGUGCACUUGAAUAUUGAAAACCGGCCGCAUUUUUCAUACGACGGGUCGGCUGGGAGAUUUGGAUUUCAGAAACCAAAUGUUACUUGAUUUUAUGGUUGACGACAUGUAGUUUUUCUCCCUUUUUUUAAAAUCUAUUUAAAAUUUCAAUAUUUUUUUA